AUGGUUUUAAUAAUGGUUAACUUCAGAUUAAUUUCAAAUUUUUUAGUUGCUUUUUUUUUGUGUGCCACUUUCUUGGUUACUUUCUAUCAUGCUAAAGCGAACCCAGUUGGGGAAUGUUCCGAUGGCACUGAAGGAGCUGUUGAGUUCUUACCCGACGAUACUGAUUGUAACAUUUUUUACCAAUGCAGCUGGGGGAACCCCAUCAAAUUAAAUUGCCCCCACGGUUUGCAUUUCAACCAGGAAUUACAAGUUUGCGAUUGGCCAAAUGAGGCGGGAUGCGAAAUUAAUGGUGGUGGGGUUGAAGAUGGAAAUAGCAGUGAAAGUAAAUCAUCAAGUUCUUCUAGCGAAAGUGAUGAAAAACCAUUAAUGACGUAUGGGUUAGAAGUGUGGGUGAGAGACAAAGACACAAUUCGAAGACUGCUAGUAGCGGAGAUGAUGUUUUGGAGAAGCUGGGUCAAUUCGGUCGUGAUGCUGGACCGAGUUGAAAAUGAGGAAAUAAGAAAAAAUAAAAUAAAAUUGUAUGGACAUCUACGCCGAAUGAGUAAAGAGAAAAUCCCACUUAAGGGUGAGAACAACUCGAAGCAUCAAAUAGUUUGUUUGAUUCCCAAUAAAACUACAAUCAUGAAAGUUGCUUUCGUUUUAUUCGCCACCUUCGUGGCUGCUCUCCAAUACACUCAAGCCGAACCAGUUGGAACAUGCCCCAGCGACAUGAACCCAGAUAAAGUCGAUUUUUUGGUCGAUGAUGGAGAUUGCACCGUUUUCUACAAAUGCGAUUGGGGAAAAGCCGUCAAAUUCGAUUGCCCAUCUGGAUUACACUUUAACAAAGAUGAAGAAGUUUGCGAUUGGCCAGAUAGAGCUGGAUGUGGUGGUAACUCUGAAGAAGGUAACUCUAACAGCGAUAGCAGCAGCAGCGAAAGCGAUGAAGAUGAAGAAGAAGUAGUUACUGAGACUCAAACCGAAGCAGAACCAGAACCAGAAGAAGAAGAAUCCGAUAGUUCUAGCUCCAGCUCUAGUUCUGAAAGCAAUGAAACCGGAAGCAAUGAAGGAAACAGCGGAAAAUGCCCCAACGACAAAUGCCCAGCUGUUAAUGAUGACUACCCAGUUUAUUUCGCCCACCCUGAAACUUGCGGAAGAUUCUGCCAAUGCGACUGGGGGGUUGCCUACGAUAUGCCAUGCCCAGAUGGUCUUCACUUCAACACCGAACUUAAUGUUUGCGAUUGGCCAGCUGAUGCAGGAUGCGAUAUCUAAAUGUUUUCUAAUUGAUAUAAAGAAAUAAAAUAUUUUGCAUUAUUAUAAAA